AUGUACACCGCUUUCUUUGACCUGGAGAAUGGCAACCAGGUGCUCAAGAGCGACCUCAAGGACCUGUACAUCAACAAUGCUAUGAAGGCUGUUGUGAUCCACGUCCUGUACCACCUGCGCAAGGCCUUUAGGAAGAUCCACGUCAGGCUCGUCAGGGAGCUUGAGAAGAAAUUCAGCGGCAAGGACGAGGUAAUGGAUUUAGAUGCCGUGUGGGACUCUCGCAUAAAAUUGGUUGUCAUGAACAGCUAA